UUGUACGGAGGAAAGGACCGGCUUUGCGGGACAAAGCCCCGGCUCCAGCGAAAGAAACAGGAGAGGGAGGAAAAGAAGCAACAAGGGGGGGAUAAAAACUCAAUGCAAAGAAAAUGAUCAUCAGUAUCAGCGAGGAAAGCGGCAGGAACCCAGAGAACAUGGCAGCGGGGGAAUAUUUAAACCGCUGUCAGAGGAUCUCCAGACAGGAACGGGCGAACAGAGUCCCUCGACCGUGCAGUAAUGGACAAAAUGCAUUGAUACCAGAGCAUGAGAUCAAUAAGGUGGGUGCAGAGAAUGACCGUGCCCACCUGUUUGUGAAGGCGCUAGGUAGCAGGAGCUGCCUGGACGGAGUCGUACAACUCAUGGGAUGUCACCCUCAGUACCUGGAGUCGUUCCUGAAAACCCAACACUACCUGCUGCACAUGGAUGGACCCCUCCCUUUCCACUACCGACACUACAUCGCCAUCAUGGCGGCAGCCCGACACCAGUCCUUAUAUUUGGUAGAGGUUCACAUUAAUCAGUUUUUGCAGGUGGGUGGUGACCCACAGUGGCUGCAGGGGCUUGACUGCAUCCCACAGAGACUGAGGAACCUCAAUGAGAUCAACAAGAUCCUGGCACAUCGGCCCUGGCUCAUUACCAAGCAACACAUUGAGAAUCUGCUGAAGAUUGGAGAGCACUGUUGGUCACUGGCAGAGCUGGUACACGGGGUCGUGCUGCUGGCUCACUACCACUCGCUGGCGAGUUUUGUCUUUGGCUGCGGGAUAAGUGCUGAGGGAGGCCAUGAAGGCGGUCACGUCCUGCGGCCAUCGUCGAUUAACAACCAGUGCUCCGGCGACACUACCAACGGGAAUGGCAACAUCCCGGACCCCUCCCUAGUGCACCGCAGGCGACGGUCAGUGGAUUAUUCCAGUGAUUCCGAAUGUUUGGCGGACAGGAUGCAGAAAUUCCAGGCAGAGAAGGAGAAUGAAGAGGAAAUGCUGAGGGAAGAAACGUGGAUUGGGUCAGAGACAGAAAAAGACACAAGUCCACCAGCGGUGACUCGGGCUCCAGAAGACAAACCUGUUACAGUUCCAGACUUGUCCUGUUACGUAGAAGACCCCGAGUUUGGUUAUCCCGAGUUUUCCCGAAGAAGUGGAGAGCAGCUUCCUGUUUUCCGAGCUCAGGACUAUUCCUGGGAAGAUCAUGGGUUCUCGCUCGUGAACCGUCUGUAUUCGGACAUCGGUCACCUCCUUGAUGAGAAGUUCCGCACUGUGUACAGUUUGAAGAAUGGCACUAUGGCCAAACAACGAGGCUGUGACUUCUCGGUGCUAAAGAGAGGCAUUUGGAACUACAUCCAUUGCAUGUUUGGCAUUAGGUACGAUGAUUAUGACUAUGGUGAAGUGAAUCAUUUCCUGGAGAGGAAUCUGAAGGUUUACUUGAAGACUGUGACUUGCUAUCCAGAAAAAACAAAACCUCAAAUGUUUGAGAGGUACUGGAAACAGUUUAAAUACUCAGAAAAGGUUCGUGUGAAUCUGUUGAUCCUGGAAGCUCGGAUGCAGGCAGAGCUUCUCUAUGCACUGCAUGCAAUAACCCACUACAUGAUCUCGUAAGAAGAUCAUAAAGAAGGAUCUCCUUACCUGCGGGGAACUUUUUUUAAAAUAAAGACUGGACUUAAGCUUAAAGACUUGAACGUCUUCUUGGAUGGAGGCAUUGCAGGGCAGCUGGAACCAUGUCGCAGUGUCUGCGACAGUUAAUGUGCAAUUAUUGACAAUGACACAAUCAAGCAUUGUGACUGUAUGUACAGAGAGUGAUGUUACUUCACAAAAGUGUUUCAUGCCUCAAUACCAAGUAUUCACUUGAGGAUCUUCAAUCUCUCUAAGUUUUCAGAUGUCAAAAGGCUAUCGCAUCAGUGGUUUGCGUGACUACCAUCAAGCGUACAGAAUAUUUUCAAGCCUUGAUGUUGGGACGGAUGAGCCCCUUUUUUGGAAAAGAAAGACUUAUUUUUGCUAUGAAUAGUAAUAACAGAUAAUAUGUUUGACACGUGUUGAGUCUGUUUCAUAUUGGAAUGGCGUUUCCAGAUCCUUGCCAUAUUACUUUUGGUUUUAUGACUUAUCCAAAGCCUUUGUGUGUUUGGGUGUGUGUGUGUUGGGGGUGUGUUAGGUGGGUUGGGGGGGUGGGAGGGAAGGGCAAGGGGAGGGGGCAGAGGUUAACUGUGCCAAUGAGCUGUGAAUUUAGUAAAUCUCGGGUGACUGAAUUGGGGAAGAAAGGAAGGAUAGUGAGCCAGUGGGGCAUAACUUUUCUUGAGCUUGUCCAAAAAAGGCACUAAUGAAUGAAACAUGUGAAUCUUCUUCCCUGCCCUAGUUAGUGGUUACAGAAGGAAACACUGCCAUAAUGCGGUGUGCCAAAUGAGCAUGGUUGACUCUCUUAAACCUACUGAACAGUCAAUGACAGGAUCCACAUUGUUGGCCAGUGUUAAAAUGGAUUCGGAAUCCAAAUUUACACAGGUCAACAUCAAUGGUUUUAAGUUGUUCAUUAAUCUAGUAGUGUCCAACCCUUCCAAUGUUUUGAGGUAAUUUUGAGCCUCCUUGCCUGAAAUUCUCUUGCAAGUUGCAUGUGCAAUUGGAUGGUUGACAGCACUGCAUGCUUGUGCUUUUUCCGUUUUUAAAGUAGAAAGCACUUAAGGCGUCAGACAGAUUUCUUGAACUUUGAAUGAGUAUGGAAGCCAUUGGAUUGGUGACACAAACUUAACUGGAGUUGGAUCACUGUUGAACUGUGUUUUAUUUAUUAUUUUUACAUUCUAUAUCCAGUAACAGUGUUACAUUACAGGAAGGAGAAAGAAAUGGGAAGUCAAAAAGAUAACCCUACCUUAAAAAGUGUAUAAUUGGCUUGUUCAACAAUUUCACCUGUAGCUGGUGCUCACCAUGCAUGUAAUAUGGUCAUUGCCACUACAACCAAAAGAAGGACAACCCAUCAUUUUCCAUUUAUUGUUAGAUAGUGAAACAUAGAGGAAGUCUGGACCUUGUGGGAGUACUCAUACUACAAACUACAAUUGGGAGUGGACUCCAACAAGCCUGGCUCCUCUGCUUGUUACCAUGCAACCAACCACACCCCUCCCCAAUUUUUAAAAGAAAAAGAAAAAAAAAAUUGUUGGUGCUGGUCUAUCACUAGGUAUAAUGAGUAUAAAAAUACUAAAAUAACACUUUUUUUUCUUCCUUCUAGCGGUAUAAAUGUGACUGUAAAAACAGGUUUUUAAUUAUAAAAAAAAGGAAUAUAUUAUAAAUGGACACCAUUUUGGAACAAAUGGUCCUGUGGCUAAUGAUGCACAAAAUGAGAGUCUCGCGUGGUCACGAUCUGGAUCAUCACCUUCAUCGUGAUUAGAAUCUUUUUACGUGAUGUGUUCUAAUUGUGCAAUACAUUUACAUGGGGAUUAUUGGUUUAGCGAUUGACUCUCGUUCCAAAAUGGAGUAGCAUUCAGUCAUCAAUCUCAUGAGCCUCGUGUUCGUACAUGGGGAUUUCUGUUUUUCAAGGAUAUUCUUACAAUCCAAGAAUAAGGAAAAAUUCUGAGCUAUUGCAACAUAUCUGUCGCUGCUGUUGUUGUCUUUGAUGUAACUUGGGAGCUUCAAAGCUCUGCAGUAGCAUUUUAUUUGCACCAAAAUAAAAAAAAUAACAUUUUUAAAACUG